AUGGCCCCACCUGGUGCCACACAGGAGGAUUCGAAGCCAUUCGGCUUCCUGGAACCCGAGCCGAAGGACAUGCAGGAGGUCCAGCUCUUUGCCUCCGCCCUUGUUGGGGGCGGCGAGCGCGGUGGUCAGGUCAACGAGACCCUUGCUGCUGAUCCAGGCUCCGCAGCAGCACUUCUGCAAAGCCUCGCGGGCGAGCUGCGCAUGGCCAAUGAUGGCAGUGACCGCGACCUGCAAGCAUACAACCACCUGCUGGAGCUCCAUUUCCAGGAGCGAAGUGACACAAAUCACGCCAGCCUUUCGCGGGGCGUCAUUUGGCAGCUGGCUGACGACAUCCGCAGGAUAGAGCGGCUGCGGGCAAUGAGCGCAGAUGAGCUGGCUGCUGUGCCCGAGGAGGAGACCGACAGCUUCGUUCACUUCUUCCGUGGGCUGGCCAAGCAGAAGCACGGAGAAGGCCGGGCCGCGCUGGCACAAGGUCUCAUGGCGGCGAAGCGCAGAGCU